AGGCUGUGAUCAUUCUCUGUCUGCUUCAGCGAUUAUUAUGACUCCUGCAUGAAGAAAUCAGCAUACAUUGGAUGACUGACAUGUCUUCACUGAGACUCUGAGAAGAGUCUUUCCUAGAAGACCUUGUUAGCUGGUCUCGGGCUCUCCGCGCUAGACUACCUAUGUUUGGAAAACGACCCGCUCCUUACUACCUUAUGCAUAUCCACCAGGCUGGCAACGGGGUCUGGUGAACAUAUUCAGAGCAGAUUUAACAGUUCCAGGACUAACGAUGCUGAGGAUUCUGCUCCUGUUAAUGCCCUGGACCAGCAUAGCUACAGUGAUGUGGGGCACCACAAAGGCCCACCAGGACAAAACACAUGGCCAGGAAAAAGGUGCCUCCUCGUUGCUGCUCAACCCAUAUAUCCACUACUGCCGAUCACCAAACAUGGAGACUUUCACCUGCUGGUGGCGUCUCCCUGACAACAGCUCCCUGAACAAUGAAAAUGUGACCUACAUGUUCACCUACUCUGUGGGGAAGGGGCCCAAGAAAGAGUGUCCAGACUACGUUACAGGCGGGCCCAAUAGCUGCUAUUUCGACAGCCAACACACACAGGUGUGGGAGAUAUACUGCAUGAACGUGAUGGCAUACAGCAGGCAUGGCAACCGCACAUCCGAGGAUCACUGCCUGGACGUGGUUGACAUUGUGGAGACAGAUCCACCCUUCAACCUGACCUACUGGUUGACCAACAGCAGUGUGGAGGAGUCUGGGCGUACGGCAGUGGUGUCUUGGCUGUACCCGAUUGCUGCUGAUGUGCACAUGGGUUGGGUCACACUGGUCUAUGAGCUGCAGUACCGACGCAUGUCAGAGCCCCACAACUGGAAGGUGAAGGGAGUACUGCGUGAACCUCGUCUAGAGCUUCUGGACUUGCCAGUGGGGAGCUAUGUGGUCAGAGUGCGAUGCAAGUCCCACAACAACGGCCUGUGGAGCAAGUGGAGUGACCCUCUCAUCAUAGACAUCCCACCCAACCAGACCAUUGAUAAGAUGCUGGCUAUGAUCCUGGUGUCAGGCAUUGGGGUAGUAGCUUUCCUCAUGAUUGGCUUCGGAGUCAUUCCACAUGGCAAGAGGAUUAAAGCGUUUCUCCUACCACGGGUUCCAAAACCGCGGAUCAGAGGGAUCGAUCCCACCCUGCUGAAGAAUGGAAAGAUGGAUGAAAUAAACCGUCUCUUCAACUCGUUCCAUGGCUACAGCCCACCACAGUACAGUGUGGAAAGCUGGCAGCAGGUCAGCGCAGACGAGGGUCAGUCCCUUAAGGGCAGUCCUUUGGCGCAAGCAGCUGAGAAGAGCGGCAUGUGCAGCCCUAGUACCCAGCGCCCUUCCUGUCUGGAAGACCAGCAGACUGAGGACGGCCCGACCCCAUACUGUGUGACCCCGUCCCACAACACAGAGGCCCCACCUUCUGCUCCGCCUGUGGAGACCCAGGCCUGGGCGUGGCUCACCUCCAACCACGGCUACACAGAGCUGCUGAACAUUCCCAACCUUGGCUACACUGCGGUCGUAAACCCCGCCCAGGCUGUGGCUCCGCCAGCCUGCCAGGACUUCUACACCUGUGUGAACGGAGUCACCACGAGCGGGGCCGUCCACCUGGUCCCAUGCCUGUCCCCCCACCUCAGAAACACAGCCUACCUGCAGCUUGGGGACCCGGCGAACUCCAAAAGGAAGGACAUGGCUGAGAAGAGCAGCCGGUUAGCCAUGUGCAAGGCCAAACAAGCAGCACCAGCAGUGAGCGGGGCGUUGGUGAGCCCCACUGGAAUGACAGGGGCCACGGCAGGAGAGGUGGGGGACAGCUACACCACCCUGGAUGACCUAAGCCUUAGGGAGUGGUGUGCGGAUGUGGCCCCAGCACAGGGAGACCUGUGCACGGGGUUGGCCUCAGUGUACGGGAAGGAAGGGUUUCUGUGUUCAGAGCAGAAUUAA